AAAUAAUCCUUAAUAAUCCCUUUCAUUUUAGUGGUUUGGACAGCCUUUCAAGUAUUCAGUGCGUAUCCCUUCUUAAAAGGUUGGCACAAGAGGGUAGGACUGUAAUUUGUACAAUUCAUCAACCAUCAGCUUUAAUUUUCGAAAUGUUUGACCAAUUGUACGCUCUCUCUCAAGGAAAAUGCAUAUAUCAAGGGUCAAUUCAGCAACUCUUACCACAUUUAGCAAGUUUCGGACUUUAUUGUCCUUCGUACCAUAAUCCUGCAGAUUUUUUAAUGGAAAUUGCUGUCGGUGAACACGAAGUAGAUUUGGAUAAACUUUCGAGUGUGAAUGAUUCUGAAGAAAACCACAAUAAAAAGGCCCUUAUGACGAUGAAAGAAAAAGAACUACUAACCAAAGAAAAUAUAGAUCUUAAAAAAGGAGAUGCAUCACCCCCUGCUUCAGAUAUAAUGCAGUUUUUAUUGUUGUAUAAAAGGAAUCUCUUAACAGCUAAAAGGAAUUACGUAAGUAAACUAAUUACAAAAGCUUUAUCAUAAUUAUUUCUUGCGGUC